AUGCUGCUUUAUUUGUUGGUGCCUGUUGCUCUUGCUGCAGUUGUAUUCUUCUUUUUGGGUACUAGUAAUACGAGAACCUAUGAAAACAAGGCCGAUUUACUCAGCAAGCCUUUAGAGUCAAAAAAGAAGAAAACGGAAAAGAAGAAGCUGCCCAAGCUAGUAGUCAACGAGGAUGAAAUUGAGCAAGCAUCCAAUGCUAAACUCACCGAAAUUGACAUUGCUGAAAUGUAUGGAUUGAACAAGAAGAAGAAGCCUGUACCAACCCAAGAAAAGAAGAUCAAGCCUUCCAAGAAGCAACAAGAAGAAAAAGAGGAACAAGCACAACAACCAUCCGAAGAUGUCGAUACCACCCAAUCUGAGGGUUUCCUUUUAGUCAAGAAGCCAGAAUUGACUGGUCGUAAGAAGGAAGAAAAGAAGGUCAAUGAUAAGAAGGACAAGAAGAAGGACGAAAAGAAGAAGAACAAGUCCAUCUUUAGAAAGCUUGUUAAUGACGAUUCUGCCAAGCCACCAGGCGUCGGUGGAGAGAAGAAGGAAGAAGCAACAGCUGCUUCCGAAGAAGAAGGUGGUAAAAAGAAGAAGGCAUCAUCAGCCACCACUGAAAAGGCUCCAGAAAAGUCUGACAAGAAGGAAAAGAAGGAAUCAACUGAGACAAAGACUGACAAGACAACCAAAAAGCCAACUCAAAACGAGGAGAAGAAUGGAAAGAAGGAAAAGGCUUCCAAGAAGUCUGAGAGUAGUGAAUCUCAAGCCGAGGUCGAGUCUGAUGCUUCACCAAAAGAAGAAAAGAAGACCCUUGAGGAAAAGAAACCUGAAAGGAAGCCAAUGACUGUUGUGAAGGAUCCAUAUGUUACACAAGACGAUUUCUGGGAAGAAAACGUUAGAGAGGUCGAACCACCAAAACCAAAGACCAAGGCUCCAAGAGACCAAAAUACCGAAAAUACUAAGGCUCCAAAAGAAAAGAAGGAACCAAAGGAACCAAAAGAACCCAAGGAAAAGAAGGAACCAAAAGAAAAGAAGGAAUCCACUGAAUCAAAGAAGUCUGAAAAGUCCAAUUCACUCACCACUUCAUCAUCCAAGAAGAAGGACAAGAUUACUUCUGUUAAAAUUCAUGUCAACGCUGAAGCUUCAAGCUCAACUGCAACAUGGAACUCAUCUUCUCCUUCUACAGGAGCAGGAGAGUCGUCGUCAGACGAUGCCAACUCCCAAGGUUGGUGCAAAGAAAGUGAAACCACCAAAGCCAGCAGCAGCAGCAUCUGA